AUGAUCGUGCAGGCGACGGUGCUCUUCGCGUUCACCUACGUGAGCGUCUCCUUUUGGCUCUCGUGGGCCUCCGACGCGGAUCCGGCAGCUUUUUACAAAACAUUGAGCGCUUACCCCGUCCAAGUGAAUGGUGAUCCGCGAUGGAUUCGACAACUUCGCGAUGACGAUUUGAAUGAUUUAAAGGAUAUGAAGGAUUGGAAUGAUCUCGAGGGGAUUUCACGCGAUCCGCCCUCUCUCCCCAUCGCUGCCGUUGUCGUGAUCGUCGGGGGGGGGUCUCCUCGCAGGCGGGUUCUCGCCGGCUACCGCGCCGCCCUCCUCACCGGCGCCCCAUGGCUGCUCCUCGUCGAGAAAGGAGGGGCAGGAAACAACCGAGAAGGAGAAAAACGAGGGGAAUGGAGCGAAAAAGAAGGCGAAGGGAGAAGCCCCGCGGUGGAGCUCCUUCGUGGGCUGCAGCGCCCUCUGGAAGCGCUCUUUCCCUCUGCCGUUUGCCGCGCCCUCCCCGCGGGGUUUCACGCGGCGGCGGCGGAGCUCCUCAGGGGGGGGGAGGUGCCUUCGUUGGCGGCGUGGCGACGCGCCGCGAGGGGGAUCGCGGCGCUCCACUACGACAACGAUCGUGUAGAGGAAAAAAAAACCUCAGCUGGGGUUCCUCAGGAGAAAACCCAAACCCUCGCCGCGCUGCUCGUCGAGAUGAUGGACGAUGAUACGAGGCGGGCGUCAGCUCCCCUUCAGGAAGGGAGUGAAGGGGAUUUAGAAGAAGGGGAAAUCGUGAUUUAUCCAGACCAGGGUGAGAUGGAAGAGGUGUUGCCGGCCUCACGAGAUUUGGAUUUCGUGGAGAGCGACUUCGUUGAGGAGGAGAUGGAUUGGCAAUUCCCUCGAUUGUGGACGCCUCCUCAUCUUCCGCAGCGUCAAUACGUUUUGCCGGGGAUUGUCGAGGUAGAAAUCACCGAGAAGAUGGACGGGAAGAACCCACCGCUUCACCACCCGGAUCGCGUUGCCGAUAAGCUUCAACAGCUGCUUGAGCAGAGCGCGAUUCGUCGUCUGGCGAGGCAUCAACUUCGUGGGCGUGUGGGGCGUAGCGGAGGGGAUUUCUCCGCCAACCACACCUGCCCGCCUCACGGCGCGGACAAAGACGCCUUGUGGCUGCUGAAAGAAAGUUAUGGGGUGGUGUUUGUGGGCAGCAUCGGGGAGCAAUACCGCAUUCAGCUUUUGUAUCAACGCGUCUUUAACGCAGCGAGGAAAGCCGCCUGGCAAAGGCUUUGUCAGCUGAUUGCCACGCUUAGGGGAGGAUCGCCGAAUUCCACGGAGGGCGGUGCCCCUCCAUCUGGGGAUACCUCAUUGUUUUCGAGCCUACCUGGCCGAUCACUUGCGACGCGGAUCUUUGUAUUUCCCGUGAUUGCGGAACCCGAUCAGAAUAGUUUUCCAAAUCCUCUGUGGUUGCCUUAUAACAAUGAGCUUCCACUCGAUGCACCGACGAAUAGCUACCGGAUUACUCGAUGUAUUGCCUCUUACAGUCAUUAUCUUUAUAAAAACUACCGCCAAUGGAUGGAUUCGAUGCUUGUUGCGACUUUUUCCCUUCGCCAGAUGAAUUAUAUGACUAUCGUCCAUGAGCUGGUCGCUGAUUUCAUGGAUGGUAGGAUAGAUCGCCGAGAUAUCUUACACUUCGUUGAACAUUCGUUUCAUCGAAUCCGUUUGAAAAGGCGGUAG